CGCUAUUUGUAGGCCUCACGGGGAGCCCCGAAACCCUGACAAGCUGGAGGCCUCCGGAGCUCACCUGUGGCUGAACUUGGCGGCUGCAUAUAGGCGGCAUCAUCGGCCAACCUGGGCCAGCCGGUGAGCUGGACAAUCAGGCGAGGAAGAUCUGUCAUUUGGGCGUAAAACACCGCCAUAUUUGGCGGGAAAGUCCGGCUCCCGGUCAACACUGUGAGACAAGUUGCCAAGCCAGCUGAAGUCGACUUCAGAGGCAUUUCUGAUCAAUUUUUUUUUGGGGGGGGACGAUCAUAUCAAUUUUUGGGCAUUUUAAAUCACUCAAAUGGCGCUAUUUCAACAGCUCGUGGAGGAGGCAGAUGUUUCUUGGGCUUUCACUUAUAGGGAUUUUACUGCUACCGUGGUUCCAUUCUCAUUUUUCACCAUCGCCUCUUCUCUCGAAGCCGGGCCAUCCUAUGAGACCUUGCUUAUCAACACCAGCAAAUGUGCUGUCCUGAGCUUUCUACUGCUCUACACCUUCACCAAAAGCAAUCAGAUUAACGGCAUCGAAGAAGACAGAAUCAACAAACUUAAUCGUCCAAUUGUCUCUGGGCGUGUCAGUCUCCAAGGAGCUUACGCAAGAUAUGGUGUCUUCACACUUGGGUGUUUAUUACUCGCCUUUGCUAUGGGCGUAGAGGCAGGAGCCGUAACAUUCAUGGUUCUGGGCGAUCUCCACAACUUCACCGAUAUCUCUUCCUUCGGUCCGGCUAAAGAUUUCACAACAACGGGUGGCCUCACAUCUGGGCUUUACACCGCCUGGGUCCUUGGGGGAGGAGACAAACGCCGUGGCAUAAAUUGGAUUGCCUGUCUAUCCAUCAGCCUUCUCUUCACUAUCUCAAUCCAGCACCUCGGGGAUGUGAUAGGUGACGCAGCAUCGGGCCGAUACACCACCCCAUGGAUGCUAGGUAAACCAUACGGCAAGUUCUGUUUUUAAAACAAUUUAUCCAACAAAGUUGACGUAUAAAUAAUAGACAGGGUAUACAUAGGCAUCUGCAUGCUCUUCGUGCGAGCAACGACACUUACGAGGCAAUAUUUUGGGGGCGGGAAUUUAUACGCCUCGAGGAUAUGCGCUGCUCUGGUUGUUAUGGCGGAUGUUUUUUUGGUGGCGCGGAUGUUUACGUUGCAGAGUACUGGGGAG